UAGCGCCGUCUCCAAUUCUCUUUUGCUUGUUCAUGUAGAUCGAUAACUUUAUUCGUUGAUAGGGGAGUUCAUGAGGGACGGUUGUUAUUUGCAUCGAGUUUGACUAACGCCCAACCUAAAACGCCCACCAAUCGAUGUACUUUGCGUGAUGUCAAGGAAUGAGUAUACACCAAUCUGAAUGAUGGCACUUUGUCUUUAUUAAAAUGGUACUUAAUAAAUAUCGAGCGUUGCACAACAACAGUCAACUGCAACAUGUUGAAGCGAAUAGUUGGGUAUUUUCCAGGGUCGCCUGAUGAGACCGUAAACUUUGAAUGGUGUUGUCGUCCGCUUUUAAUCGCCAUGAAUCUAUUUGGAAUUCCAUUGCGGAUGCACGAAGCAGACGAAUCGAUACUCGUCUGGAUUGGCAACAUCUUUGGAUGGUUUCUGUAUUUCAUGAACGUGGCAGCCGGUUUGAUUAUGAUUUGCAUCGAAAGUGAGUUUGAGAAUGUUGCAUCCGCCAACGGCAAAUUGGUUUUAAACAAUCGGACGACAGCGUGGCAAUGGAACAGCGGAAUAAGCACUUACAACACCGUCUGUUCCACGAUAGCCAUUCAAACUGUCUUGCUGGCCAUCACCGCAGUUCGCUGGAAAGAUAUUGCGCGAGUCCUCAAUCGAAUGGAGCGCAUAAAUCAAUUCAGCGUCAAAGAGUUUUCUCAUUUUCGUACCAUUUUUCGAUUAGGAUUGCUAGUCAUCAUUAUUAGCUGCUUGGCUGUAUGUUUCCUGUCGAUGUCUGCCUAUUUCAACACCGGCUUUCUUCUGUGGCAAAUGAUGUUCUAUUCGUUUCAACGAUCAUUUGUCAUUUUCAUUUGCUUGGCUGUUGUUUUGUUCAUUUGCUUUGGGUGGAUGGCCUCAACUAUGAUGCAACUACUCGGCAAAGAGAUGACGCAUUUCAUUUCGGAUCCCGAUGUGGAUAACGAUGCUAGAACUCAAUUCGAUGUCUUAAUAUCUAAAUGGAAUCGUCAUUACUUUACCAUUAUCGAUUUGGUUCAUCAAAUGAAUCGUUGCUUUGGUUGUUUGUUGCUGGUGAUGGUAGCCCCAACUUUUGUGCGCGUCAUCAACACUUCAUUUCAUCUGAUGAUCGACAUGAAAGACGGACGAUGGACGAUUGAAGUUACCACACAAUUAAUCGUCUUGUUUUUUAAUUUUGUCGGUUUCACCUUCAUGGCUAACAUCCCGCACAAAAUUCGCCAAGAGGCUGUUGAUUUAACCAAGAAAUUACGCAAACUCCACUUUGAAGAUUAUGAUCUUCAAAACCAGGUGAACGUCUUGAUGAUGGAAAUAUCAAAUUCCUUGCCAAAAAUUACAGCGGCUGGUUUCUUUGACGUCGAUCUUCAGCUUAUUCCAACGCUUAUUCGGAACAACAUUGACGUAUCUCAUCAUCCUCUUUCAAUUUCAAACGUCGGAGAAACGUUGAAUCAUUUAGGACAACCCAUUCCCUUCACAUUUACGUAUUUAAUCAAAUUGCUUUAGAAAGGCUUCGUAAAAGUCCCA